AUGGGAGACCCGCAUCCACUCCUCGUUCAUCACCAGAACCAAUUCCUGUUCGACCUCGCCCCCCUCGUUCGCACGUACCUACAGGUCAAUCCCCAUUAUCGCAACCCUCCUUCUCACACGCAUCGACUUCUUCGCGUCGCAGUCAUCCCUAUCGUGAUGGACGUACGCAUGAACAAGGACCACGAACUGGCCGAAGGAUGUGCUACAGAUGUGGAGGUGAUCAUUAUGUCCGGGACUGUCCCCGACGACGAUGAAGACUACAAAUAUUUCUUGUGGGACAAGAAACAUUAG